AUGCCGAAGAAGAAGAGAAAAGAUAGUGAAUGCAUUUAUGAAUUAGAACGUCAGCUUAAAAAGUUUGUUAAUCAAAAAAAUCACCAAAAGACCUGUGACUUGUACAUUGAAAUUGGUGAUGAGUACCGAAGAACUGCUAAUUUACGGAAUGCAUUGAGUUAUUAUCGUAAAGGAAUCCAACUUGCUGAAAAAUUAAGUGCCCAUGAAAAUGCUGCUUUUGCUCACAGAGCUGUUGCCGAAAUUCUUGUAGAUCCAAGUAUUCAACAAAAUGUGCAAGCCCUACAGCAUGGAAAAAAAUAUUUGGAUGCAGCCAAGGAAUCAAAAAAUGUUCACUUUAUACAACUUGCAUUUCAUGUACUUGGAUGGCUCCACUUACAAAUUUAUUUAAAUUCAGAUGAAAAACAACAGUCAUUACUUGAGAAGGGCAAACAGUGGUGCGAGAAAAGCCUUGAUUAUUUGGCUAAGCACGCUUUGGAUAUAGACACCGACAAAAAUGCUGUAGAAAUGGGACAAAAUUCAAAAGCUAGAAAAGCGCGAUUACAACAAGUACUCUCACAAAUAUGUGAUAAAAUGAAAUUGCAAACUCUGUCGCUUCGUUAUCAUAAUGCAGCUAUGGCUUACGCAGUGCGUGCAGUUGACCAUGAUUUGCAAUAUAGAUGCUUGCUUUCUAAGCUAAAUUUUUUCGGUGAUCAGCGUUUAAAAACUGCAAUCGAAUUAGUUCAUGUGGCUGCUAAUUUGAAUCGUCAAAGUUUAUGUGAAGCAAAAUAUAUACUAGCUCAGGAGAAAAUUCGAGUUAAAGAUUUCGUUGGUGCAAAGUGGGAUCUCAUUUCAAUGUUGUCUUCAAAAGAACAUGAAAAAUUGGAUGAAGAAGAACAAGAAUCUUUCUACAAAAUACUAGUAACAGUUUACAAAACACUGGAGCGUAUAAAAAUGCUACCCAAUGCUGAUAAACAGUUAACGAUGAAAAUCAAUGAAAAAAUAGCUGACACCUUAUAUGAAAUCGGAUUUUGUGACAUAUCACUUGAAUUCUAUAGACAAAUGUCAGCCAAUGCGAUUAAAAUUGAAGACAAAAUUAGAGCUUUAGUUUCUGUAGCAGAAACAGCAAGGGAGUUGGAACUUUAUCGAGAAGCUUUUGAGUGUUAUAAUGAAGUCCAAAUUUUGGAAAACUCGUUGGACAUAAGCAAAGUUAAGAAAGCAGAAACAAGUAUUUGUAUAGCUGUUGUUGCUGCUCAUGUCAAUUAUUUUUCAAUGGAACAAGUUUUGAAUUUCUUCCGAGCAGCUGAGAGUCUUUCCGUUCUCGAUCACCAAAAGAAAACCAUUUAUGAAAAAAUGUUGGAAUAUUUGGGAGCAAAUGGUAAUUGUGAAAACCUGCGUUCGGAAAUUAUUUCGAAGCUAAGCUCCAUAUGUAGUGAUAAACAGAGAAGUGUUGAUAAUUUAUCAUUGAGUGAUGAGGAUAUAGAAACCGAUUUUGUGGAUAGUUGGGAUGAAGUGAAUGACACACAAAUUCUCUUUCGUUGUAAUGAUGAAGCAAAUCGUCAAAGUAUGGAAGAGCGAAUUAAAUCGGAGAAAGAUAAAAAAAUAAAUCUGUAUGGUGAAACUCGUAUGCAUGAAGCUGCUCGUGGUAGUGAUAGCCAAUAUUUAAAAACACUCAUUAAAAUGGGAUACAAUGUAAACGCUCGUGAUGAAGGUGGCUGGACCCCAUUGCAUGAGGCUGUUGGAGCUUUAAAACUUGAAAAUGUCGAAAUUUUAGUGCAGAGUGGUGCAAAUCUUAAUUUGCGUUCAAAUGAGGGAACAUUGUCAGCUGAUGGCGAGCGAACAGAUAGUGGUGGCUUAACUCCACUGAUGGAAGCAUGCGAUCGGGGUGCUACAGCAAUAGUCAGUUUAUUGUUACAUUCUGGAGCAAGUAUUGGAAUUAAAAAUAGAGAUGAUUGGACAGCGCUUGAUUUUCUCCGGAAUGCAAUAAAGAUGGGAAUGAUUGAAGAUGAAGAUAUGAAACAAGCUCAGCAACUAGUAUCAGUCAUGGAAAAAAAGUUGGAAGAAGCAAAUAUCAUAGUGAAAGCAGAACCACCACCAAAAAAGCUCAAAUUUGGGCCAAAAUUGAAAUCUAGAACAAUGUCUAACAGCGUUCAGGAUAAGUUGCCGGAUCCAAAUCAAGGUAAUUUACUAGAUUACCGAAAAACAAUGAGUGUUGUUGGUCGCGGAGCAACUCAUAAUCGUACGAAUAUUUUGUUUGAUGAAUCUGAUAUUGAGGAGAAUGGGUCUUCUGAGAAUAAAAUGAAUAACGCAAAACAUGGUAGGCAUUUAAUCUCACCGUUAGAUGAUGUUCUUAUGGACAACGAUAAGUUAUCUGAUUCUUUCAUUUACGGAACUGAAUCCUCGGAAGCUUUAGAUUCUUUACCGCUUUCUUCCAUCACAAUUGAUUAUUGUAACCAACAACCGUGUACUUCUGGUAUUAAUCACUUCACUGAUUCUUUGAAAUUUUCGCAGUCAGAAGUUCAACCUACCAAAAAGAUGAAUCGCCGUUGUAAAGAAAACAUAGUCAGUUUUUCCGAUGAUUCUGAUGAUGAACUAGUUGCUUACACAUAUACUUCUGCGCAGGAUAAAAAAAAAACAAAGGCUUCAAGUACACUGCAGAACUCUUCUAAUUCUAAUAUCUCAGAAAGCUUAAAAAAUGUCCAGGAAUGCGUCAUACAGCCAUCAUUAUUAUCAUCUCAAGAUAGGCAAAGAGAUCCUAUUCAAAUAGUGGAUUCUGCUUCUUCUAUGUCAUCGAAAGUAGUUAAUCAGAUUUUCAUCAAGAUAAAUUUUAAAAAAAAUGAUGAUACUCGUUUGAAGACCAAAGGCAUGCCAUUCACAAGUCCAUGUAUGAUAGGCCAUAUUCGGAAACGUUGUGAAGAUGAACUGAGAGGGAGUGUAGAGUAUUCAUCGAUGACAAUUUGUUAUGAUGAUUGUGAAUUGUCAGAUGACACUCCUGUUGAGUUAGUAUUAACAGGCAACAAUAACGCAUUGGAUUGUGUCUUAAGUGGUUGGGCAAGACCAUCCGCUGCACAAAUUUAUGCAAAACACUCAAAAAAACUCAUGACAAACAUAUUACGUGCAUUUACGGAAAGUACAGGUGGUUUUUUGGAUUUGCGUGAGAUGAAAGUUGGCCAAGAUGAUGCUGUUUGUGCAGCAGUAGAAGCCCUCGAAACAAAUUUGAUAGAACUUUAUUUAGAUGGAAACUUUUUGUCAUCGGCAUUUGUUAACUUGGUCUCAAAACUUUUUCGCCAGUUUACAAUACUUAGCGUCCCAUGUUGUGGAUUAGAAAGCAGAAAUCUCAAACAUUGGAUUGGUGAUUAUGCUGUUUGUAAUAAGCUAAAUAAAUUGGAUCUCAGUUAUAAUGAUCUAAGUGAUGUUGGCUCGAAUUAUUUAGAGACGGUCUUAAGCUUGUGUCCAAAUCUCAAAUAUCUUGGACUUGCUUCAUGCAAUUUAAGUCGUAGCACUGCGGACAACAUAAUACCAAAAAUUGAAAUUAAUUAUCUUUCACUUAAAGCAAUGGUUUCAUUGGAAGUGCUCGAUUUGAGCUACAAUUCAGUAAUCGAUUCAGAACAUGCUUCCGCGCCUCAAGUAGAGAGUAAACUAGAGGUGCUGAAUUUAUCACUGAACGAGUUGAGUAACCCGGCAGAUAUAGUACAGUGGUCUUUGAAAUAUUGCUUGGGAAUGACCGCCUUGGAUUUGUCUGCGACGACAGUAUCUUGUUCGAUCAUUGAUUUGUGUUUGAGACUUAAGGCUGAUAAGGCACCUUUUCUCACUGUUUCUCUAGCGGAUUGUGAUUGGCUCGAAGGUGGUGUAAAUGAAAUAGUCAAUACUCUUAGAACGAUUUUAAUUACAAGUAGUACUGUGAUUGGUUGUGGUUUAGAACGAAUCAUUAAUGAUCCAGAGCACUUGCUAGUCGUAAAACCAGGGAUUCGACGUGUUUCUCGUGGUAAACAGUGGAUGACAGUUCAUUCAAAGAGGUAUGUCCCUCAAAAAGGGGAUCGUGUGAUUGGGAUUGUCACAUCUACUCAUGGGGACUCUUAUAAGGUGGAUAUUGGAAGUUCUGAUUUAGCUGUCAUCAGUGCUACGAAGCGUAAUCGUCCAAAUUUGAAAAAUGGUGACUUGAUUUAUGCAGUCGUGUCUGUGGCAACAAAACAUCUGGAGCCUGAACUUACGUGCAUUGAUAAGGAAAAUCGUGCACGAGGUAUGGGUAUAUUACCAUCGGGCGGAUUUAUGUUUAAGACAAGUAUAAAUCAUGCACGCCGGCUGUUAUCACCAAAUUCGAAGUUACUGUCAAUAAUUGGUAAAGACAUUAAAUUUGAAAUAACUUGUGGCAUUAAUGGAAGAAUCUGGGUCAAAGGUGUUAAUGUUGCGGAAGUUGCAACAGUUUAUCGAAUAAUCAAAGAUACGGAAUGUAUUGCCGAGUCAGAUUUACCAGCUGUUGUGGAAAAACAUAUUUGUUGUUUACGUGGUUUUCCGAUACCUCAGAAAAGUGGUGGCAAUAUGUGA